AUGGCGGCCAGCUCGGCAAGUUUUAAACCACGCUUUUGGAAGCCAGACACUGAAAAACCUGGCGGUGAUGUCGCGACAGAAAGACCACUUAAUGAUAACGACACUACAGCUGCAGCUGUUUACAAUCCAAACAGCUCAUUAUCCAUUUCUCUUCAAAGGCAGAGGCUUCCGAUUUUUAUGCACAGAACGAAUAUCUUAUAUCUCUUAGAGAAAUACGAAACUGUUAUAAUCGUCGGAGAAACAGGCUGCGGAAAGUCCACACAGAUUCCUCAGUAUCUUCAUGAGAGUGGCUGGACGGCAGGGAAAUGGAAAGUGUGCAUUACACAGCCUCGCAGAGUGGCUGUUGUUACUGUAGCAUCAAGAGUCGCAGAGGAGAGAGGUUCGUUCAUUGGCGAGGAAGUUGGUUAUACAAUCCGAUUUGACGACUGUUGCAAUCCAGAAAUUACUCGUAUGAAAUUUGUGACAGAUGGUGUGUUGUUGAGGGAAACGAUGAGUGACCCUUUGUUAUCACAGUACAGUGUGAUCAUGUUGGAUGAAGCUCACGAGAGGACACUGCACACUGACAUUAUGAUAGGGCUGUUGAAAAAGAUCAAGAAAAAGCGAAAAGAUUUAAGGAUUAUCGUUUCCUCUGCUACUCUUGAUGCAAAGAUGUUCAGAGAUUUUUUCAACACCAACAUUACCAAAGAUCGCAGCAAGGAUACUGCAGCAAUUUUGUCAGUUAAGGGACGAUCGUAUCCCACAGACAUACAUUACACUUUAAGCCCUGUUCCUGAUUAUUUAAAAGCAAUAGUGGAUACUGUCAUGGGAAUCCACAAAGAGGAAGCCCAUGGUGACAUACUUGCAUUUGUCACAGGCCAAGAUGAAGUAGAAGCUGUAGUUGCUCAGUUGAUUGAGAGAGCUAGAGAACAGCCUAAGGGUUCUCAGUACCUUAAAGUACUGCCUAUGUACAGUGGUCUUCCACAUUCAGAGCAAAUGCUGGUUUUCAAGCCAACUCCCCAUCAUACAAGAAAGGUUGUAGUGGCCACAAACGUUGCUGAGGCAUCUAUUACCAUAAACGGAAUUGUAUAUGUCAUUGACUGUGGGUUUGUAAAGUUGCGAGCUUACUCUCCCAAAGUCGGAGUUGAAAGUUUAGUUGUUGUACCGGUAUCACAGGCUUCAGCAAAACAGCGCGCUGGCAGGGCUGGUCGUGUAAGGUCAGGGAAGGUGUACAGACUCUAUACAGAGCAAGAUUUUGAUGGUCUUAAACCAUCUACUGUGCCUGAAAUGCAAAGAUGUAACACGGCAUCUGUCAUGUUACAGCUGAAAUGCAUGGGGAUUGACAACAUUCUCCGGUUCAAUUUCCCAGCGCGUCCUCCUGCCCAGAGUGUGAUACGUGGUUUGGAACUGUUGUAUGCUCUUGGAGCAAUUGACCAGCAUGGAAAGUUAGCUGAUCCCUUAGGAGUAAACAUGUCUGAGCUCCCUACAGAUCCAAUGAUAGCCAAAAUGCUGCUGUCAUCAGGAGAUUUUGGUUGUUCAGAAGAAAUCCUUAUAAUUGCAGCCAUGCUGCAGAUACAGAAUGUCUUUGUCAGCCCAAGCAAACAGAAAGCUGCAGCUGACAAUGCCAAGAGAAAGUUCUCUGUUUAUGAAGGAGAUCACAUAACUCUACUGAAUGUUUAUGAAGCCUUUGUGAAGUUUAAGAAAAGCUCAAAGUGGUGUCAUGAGAACUUCCUGAACUACAAAGGACUCUGCCAUGCUGUAAAAAUCCGAGAACAGUUCAAGAAACUCCUUUUACAAUUUAAAGUGCCAUUAGUCUCUUGUGAUGGAGACAUUGACUCAAUCUGUCAGUGCAUCGUAAGUGGAUUCUUUGCUAAUGCUGCACGCUUACAUCCAUCAGGGUCGUAUCGCACUGUGCGAGAUGACCAUCCACUCUACAUCCACCCGACAUCUGUCUUGUACACAGAAACUCCACCACAGUGGGUGAUAUACCAUGAAGUGCUCCAGACUUCCAAGGAAUACAUGCGAGACAUCACCAAGAUUGAUCCAUCAUGGCUUUACACCCUUGCACCUCAAUAUUAUGAAUUUGGUACUGAGAGGGAGAUUGCAGCAAAGAGAGCAAAAUAUCUUUGA